AUGGCCGAGGAGUAUGAGGCCAAUGAUCCUGCCACCAGACUCACCAACAUCAAGAGGAAAGUAGCUGAGUUGGAAUACAUCUCGACCUCUGAGGUUGAGGGUGACAGCGUUGAUGAUAACUGUGACAAUCUAGAUGAUGCCAUCUGUGUUUUGGGGCACAAGAAUGCUGCGGCCAAGUCGCAUGUCACAGUUACAAAGGGCAUGCCAAAGAAGAUCAAGAUACAAGCUUGCAACUCUAUGUCCAGCUUAUCAGCCACAUCUACUAGCAAGAGAUCUAUUGUAACCAUCCCUGCACAAGUGCGUUUCAACAAUUCGGAUCUCCCCUCAGAUCUGCAUAAAGAUCAGAAGUGGAAGAGGGAAGUUAUUCCGACACUAAUCCUAUGGGCUGGAAACCAAGAGGAUGCAUUCAACAUCGCCAAGCAAGAUAUUUGCAGGGCUCUACAGGAGAUCAUGCCAGUUGUAUACCCCAUACUCAAGAACACGGCAGGUAGCAUUCUUCCCAGCUCGCCCAUGGUUUCUGUUGUGUCUCAACGCUUGUGUGAUUGGAGGCAUGGCUUUGCCUCUGUGGCUGUUGUGCAACUCAUAGCUUUCUUCCUCAAUCCUCAAGACCCAUUGCCCGCUGACACUGCAAAAGUAUUACUCAAUCAUUUCACAUUCUUAUAUGAAGACCUCGACAUGACUGUUCCUGAGAAGGCCUUCCGCUCCGUUUUUGUGCAACAGCUGCUGCUGAGCAGCCAUUUGACCACAACCAAAGGAUACAUUCAAGUCCCCACUCUUGACACUUCGUCUUUGGCGAAGCAUGGUGUUGUUGGUGCUCUUGGACUUUGUGCUGCUGCGGUAACAUUUAUCAAAUCUGGUGAUGUCGAGCUCAAGUCCCCCAUCAAUGUCAAAGAUUGUAUUGCCAAAGUGGCAACGAGGUUUGUGCAGACCCCUGUCAAAUACAACAUGGCUUCGGGCAAGGAUAGCAAGACUGCAUGCACAUUUUCAGACCAGAAUUGGGGAGCCCCAAUGAGGAAGUUUACAGGGGCCACCAAAAGAAGAUCUAUUGCUCAGCUUCAAGCCAUUGUAGAGCUCGCCCUUGCUUCGCUUGCAAUAGGGCAAGAACUCAACCCCGAGCUGUUGAGUGAUGCAGGAUCUGACGACGAGUAUGCACUUAUCUAUAUUAAUUGCACUUCAUUGCUGCUUAUCUGCUUGACGGAACAGAACCAGCAUUAUUUCAAGUAAGAAACUAAUAAGCUAAGCAUGCAUUAAGUAAAAAAUAAGCAGUGCUAAGUAAGUAUCCAGCAGAAGGAUCUACUUAUCCAAGCAGACGGCUGCUUGGCAGUUGGUAUGAUAAGCAAAUGUUAAGUAGCUGUCAAGUAAGGAUAAGUAAACUCGUGAUUUGCUGAUGCCCCGAAGAGCUCACUUCUAUGGUGGACUGGAUGGGAUACGGUAUGGAGACAUUAGAUACCGUCAACGUUCGGUAUGAUUUUACCUGCUGUUCUCCUUUCAGGGAAUGCGGUGGUGUAACUCCAGGCGAAAAUAAGAGUGGUUCGAUCGGUGAUGGCGCCAACCGCACCUUGAUCGUAGUUGUAUCCAUACAUAAACUGGUCGAGCAGUUCGGAAUAGAUGACCAGUGCGACAAGGAUGUGUCAAGUUGGAUAUGGCUACUUAAGAAUAUGACACUUGUCGAUGUUGCUAUCCCUCCUCGUUACUAAC